AUGGUCGUUUCAAAAGUUCACAUGUGCAUCCACUGCACGACACUCUAUCUCCUUGUGCUCAUAUGUCUCCACUCAGUGGUUCUUUCAGCCACAGUCAGCAAAAUCGACGAUUACGAUGACGAUGGUGUGCCAAGUCUAUCCGAAAUGGACACCUACGACGUACUAGCAAUCGUUUUCAUGAUAAUCGGGCUGGCUGUCUCGUCCGCUGGUGGCGUUGGUGGUGGCGUUAUCAUGGUUCCCGCAAUGGUGCUUAUUAUGGGAUUUGAUAUUAAACGCGCAACACCUAUUUCUAACGUGGCCAUUCUUGGUGGGGCAGUGGCAAACGCAUGGUUUAAUAUGCGCAAGCGCCACCCAAAUGUUGAUAGACAAUUAAUUGACCCAGAAUUGUCCUUAGGAAUGAUUCCUGCCGUGAUCGGUGGCACGAUUCUGGGCGCUUUGAUCAAUAAGCUGAUUCCGAGUUAUGUGCUGUCACUGCUUUUCGUUGUAGUGCUCUUGGCCGGCGGUUCGCGCACGAUGAAGAAGGGGAUUACUUUGCACAAGAAGGAAAUUGCCAAGAAAAAAGAGAGUGACGCUGCCAUAAAUGAGGAGCCAACAAAUCCUUUAGUCAGUCCUGACAACUACACUUUGGUCAGUACACCACAGAAAUACUACGCGGACGACAAACGAAUGAGCAUAUCAUUAAAUGGCGGCGACACGACCCCUUUAAAACUUGAUACAAUUGAGGAAGCAGGCUCAGAUUGUACACUAGCUCAGAUCAUGCACAGCGAACGACGUUUUGCCUGGGGGCCACACGUUACCAUCAUGGUAUGCUACCUUGGCAUUGUUGCUCUUAGUAUCGGAAAUACAUCCGUUACCUGCGGAAGUGUUGUUUAUUGGGUAAUUUUGCUGAUUCAAAUUCCGUGGAUCGCUGUGUUCGUCGUCUUUACUAUGCACUACCUGCAUCAGAGUUACCUUCGCAAGAAAGCAUUAAAUUACCCGUAUGUCAACGGUGACAUCCAAUGGACGAAGAAAAUGGUGCUGUUUUUUCCAUUAGGAUGUAUAGUCGCUGGUAUUGUUGCUGGUAUGUUUGGCGUUGGCGGAGGUAUCAUCACAGGUCCUAUCAUGAUUGAGCUGGGCAUCGUGCCGGAAGUUGCUUCCUCUACGACGGCAUUGAUGAUUCUAUAUUCAUCAGCUUCUGCUACUUCAAAAUUUGCUGUGUUUAACAUGAUUGCAUGGGACUGGGCAUUGCUUCUUUGCGCAGUGGCCUUUGUGGUGACUUCUUUGUCUCAAAUAGUGAUUCUGAGCUUCGUACGGCGCACAGGUCGCCAGUCUAUCAUUGUAUUGUGCAUAGCAACGGCCGUCCUCAUCGGAGGUGUCAUUAUGACGUAUCAAGCCAUUAAAACAACCGUAAAUGAUGCCGGUGACUCGUUUCAUGCGGACAUUUGCAGGUAA